AUGUAUUAAGCAUAAUUACAUGGCAUGAAGUUAGCUAUGGCGCCUUAUCGUCGAAGAAGUUCAAAAAAUCUUUAGGAAGUACCUUCUAAUGCAGAUUUUGAAAGAUAAUAAUCAAAUGGCAGUCUUCGGAUGGAUCCUGGCCCAAUUAACAUAGAAGUGAGAGAAAAUAACACCAAAGUAAAAAAUACUUAAUUAUAGAUCGUAGAUUGGAUUGUGUUAAUAACUCCGAUAUGUUAUACCCUUGUUAUUCUAUUCUUAAUCUCGUGGAUUUAUAUAACUACUCCUUAAAUUAGGUAUCCUUAUAUAGCGCACAACAUUUUACAAAGGGCUCAUAAGAUUUAAUCGAUGUAUCCGAUAAUUGAUAUCAUUGAGUUUUCUCAAUUUUCAUAUCAUAUUAGAGGAUGUCCUCCUGAUUUUGAAGAAGCAACCUUAGGAAUUUGGGAAGGAAUUGAAAAUGGCAAUGUGUGUGAUAAAUCAAAUAAGAAUUGUGAAUUAGUUUAGAGCAUGGAAGCAUAAAGAUUAAGGUUUUGGAAAUAAAAGCUGUAUUGCAUUAAAUACGACAAAACAGCGUAAUGGCGAAAUGGAAAUCAAUGUUAGAAAUAAUACAAAGCUUGCAGUUCUUACAUUUGUGUCAAGCAACAUUUAUAAUGCCCAAUUACAGAUUUAUAAUCAAUACAUCAGUAAGGGGAUUUAUAAUUUGGUAAAAACUGGUACAGAAUUGUUAGAGAUGAAAGACAAACACCUUUAUUAUUUUUUAAUAUCUCAGCAUCUUCAACUUGUUUAAAUUUAAAUGAUCAGCCUCAAUUCAAAUCAAAAGAAUAUUACCCUUUAUCCAAAUAUCCAGAAACUGGUUGCAAUGAAUUUGGUGAUUACACUAGCAUAACAAACUCAUUAGAUUCUGGAAUGGUUUUAGAAAUACUGAAAGAAAAUGACAUCCCUUUUGAACAGCUUUCUCAUUUUGAAGAGUAUGUUUAAAAUACGGAUGAAUACUAAUUGUAAGCCUUAAGAGGUAUAAAAUUAAAUGAAAUGCCUUAAUGCAACAAAUUAAAUACAGAAAUAUUUAAUAAUUCAAGCAAGAAGAGUUUUAGAAUCACAAGAAUUAUGAGAAGAAACAAUCUUCCUCUGAUUACAGGUUGUGUAAUUCUUAUUCUAUUUUCAAUUUUAACUAUUAGGUUCCAUAAUAAUAAAUAUUUGACAUUCAUCAAUAAGAGAAUCACAAUGAUAGUUAAUAUAGGAGCUGCAAUCAUAAUGAUUGUCACACUGGUUUAUUCGUCAUUUUUUUUAUAUGAUGUCUUAGCGUCAGUAUGUAUUUGA